GUGACGUCAGACAGGAACCAGUAGACGGGGGAGCUUUGACAAAUCAAGAUGGCGUCCCACGCUGAAGCAGGAAAGAGAUCUCAGUAUAAAUAAAACUCUCUCAGGCGACUAGUUUACAAUCUGAGAGCCACCCCGACAAGACGGUCGUUUAGGAUUCUGAAGAAAACCAGACGGAGGAGCAGAUAUACAGAGUCUCUAAAUGGCUGCGAGGAAGUCUGGAUCAGAUGCAUACAACAAUGGACCCGUCAGCUACCUUGAUGAAGUUCCCUUCAAGAUCAACGACAAAUUCCGCUGCCCAGCCAAAGUGGGGCUGCCUGUCGGUUUCUGUCUCCCAGACUGUGCCUCUUUGAUGUUGGACUCACAGUAUGACUUUACUUUGGAGAGGCGAAGUGUGCGCUGGGGGGUUGAACUGGCUGAGGCCAGAGCAGCAGAAGCCAGAGCAGAAGAGGCAGCAGCCAAGCAGGAGGCAGAGAGCAGGAAGAGCUUGGCACAGGCCCAGGACAUUGAUGGCGGUGGAGGAGGGAAGAAACCCCGGUCUGCCGCAGAGGACCAGGACCUUCUACCACCAGCGUUGAACCCCGUCAUGGCGGGGCUGAGCCAUAACGACAUCCUCACUCCACUGCCUGCCCCAUGCCUUGGCCCCAGAAAAAUCCAGCCUAGCACUCCCCAGCUGCACAGCCUCAACCUAGCUGACUUUGAGCGGGAAGAGGACCCUUUUGACAAGCUGGAGCUCAAAACUUUGGACGAUAGGGAGGAGCUCAGGAACAUCCUCCAGAGCCAGCCCCAACCUCAACCUCCCCCCUCUGUAUCCCCACCAGAGGUUUCCCAGAUAGGGUCAGGGUCACGUGGAAACAGCCCGCCUCCUCCCAGCACCAACACCAGCCUCACAGCUAAACCUGGCUUUACCCAUAAACCCAACGGGUUGGUUGCCUUGCUGGACAUGGACAGAGUUGGACACCCUGGGAGAACAGGGUUUGACACAGAUGAUCGGCCCUGUAACAUCCGCUCGCUCACCUUUCCCAAGCUCUCUGAUUCUGGUGAUCCAGAGCCAGUGAGGUACACCCCACUCCCUGCACCCAUCCCUGCUCCCCGACAGAACCUACCCAAUGGCAGCCCGCCGAUCGUACCCGUGACCCAAGUUAUUGUUGCUCCUGAGCCAACCAGCUACACAAAGAGUGGCAUACCAAAACCGGCCAACCCGGGGUCAGGAUCCACCGGUCUGCCGUGUGGCGGGGCCCUGCUCAGCAUGACCCCCAGUGAACGCCAGUGUGUGGAAACCCUGGUGGGCAUGGGCUACUCUUAUGAGGGAGUCCUGCGGGCCAUGCAGAAAACAGAACACCAGAACGUGGAACAGGUACUGGACUACCUGUUUGUCCAUGGGCGUCUGUGUGAGCGGGGAUUCGAUUCAAGUGCAGUGGAGGAAUGUUUAGAGAUGUACCAAUGCUCAGAGGAAAAGGCCUUGCAGUUCCUUGAACUAAUGUCAAGAUUUCGCGAAAUGGGAUUUCAGCGGGAAGCCAUCAAAGAGGUGCUGCUGGUCCACAACAAUGAUCAGGACAAGGCUCUAGAGGACCUGAUGGCUCGGGCUACAGCGAGCUGAGCCAAGCUAACCAGCCAACCAAAGCCCGGCCCAGGGCUUGCCUCCCGCUACUACCCAACACAGCCCCUUUCCUUCUGCCUACCCUAUCACACCAUGCCCUGCCCUUGCCCUGGCUGUGGAAGGGACAGCUGGGAGACAGUUGUAUUUCUCUCUGUGCUAAAACGUAUUGUGUCUCAGCACUUCUUAAAGACUGUGUGCCUAGAGUGGAGGGGGUCAAAAGUGUAACUUCAUGGUGGUGUUUUUUUUCUAAGAAAUGCUGGGCUUAGGUUCCAGGAUUUUGUACUGCAAGGGGAUUCGAGGAUGGGAAGAAUGACUGAGCUGGAAAGGAGAAACUGGAAGAAUUGAGCUGUGGCGUUUUUGAUGCCGUUCUGAUUUGCUUCCACUUGCAAGAGACCGACUACAGGCAAAGCUGCAGGACCGAACGGGGAGCUGGAGACCGGCUCCGAGUACAUCACAGAAAAACUAGUUUGAACUCUUGAAACUCCCAAACGACUAAGCUGCCAUCUUCCACUGCUCUGUGCAGACCUAGUAAAUGGUGGCGGGAAUCAGGGGGCCCUGAGGAGGCUCUCUUCAAACUGAACCAACUAACAUUAAAAGUCAAAAAGAAGAAAAAAAACGAAAGCCCAGUUGCCAGACAGACAACCGAUUCAAGAAGUGCCCUCUCUGCUCUGGUGCCCUGCACCUGGUUCUGAUCUACUUUAUUCUUUCAUUCAUUCAUGUCUGUUUUUCUGUUCAAUUUGGGCACUUUUUCAUAACAGAAGAUUCACUUUCUUUGAUUUCUGUUUUAGGAGCUGCAUAAUAGUCACUAUAACUCAGAACAUAAGAGAUAGUACUGCCCCAGUACGCUCUUCAACCUGCACUGGAAUGGCCUGUUAAACGAGUGGUGGAGAAAUGGGGAAAGUUCCUCUGUAGGAAAUAAUAAGAAACAUCCCAUAACUCACUGGCACUGACGUGUCACAUACUGCACAGGCACACACAUGUUUCAUAAUUAUCAUCUUAUUUAAAAUAGUAUACUGAUACUUUCAUUUAAAAAUAAAAGAGUUUGAUAUGAUUAUGUAAGAUAUGUUAACACACAAAAGCGAUGGACUUCUGUUUGCAGACUGGAAAAGAGUGAAUGGUUGAAAAAAAAAAAAAAAUGUAAGUGAGGGCUGUUUUUUCAGCCACAUCACAGUGCAAUAGAGACAUUUCAUAUUGUGUGACCGUUGGCACUUUGAGCCUCAAGUAAUUGUCGGGAGAUAAGGAAUGGUCUUCAAGCCUUGCUAGAAAUUUGUUUGUAAAGGUUUGAAUUCAUUGAUCGCACAUCAUUUAUUCUCUGUAAUUGGAUUUCAUGCCACAUAAUCUAAUCAAACAUGACUUUGGUUUGUUGACUUGUCCACUUUCUUUUCUCACGUGUAACAUGAAACAAGUGUUCAUCUUCAUUAUAGGUUUGUUGCUAUCUCCACGGUCUUAAAAGGGGAAUUAACAAAAGUCACAACAUGUCAAAAGCAUUUCCCCACAUGUUGAUUGGGUGUAAUUGUUUAAAAGAAGGCCAUUUAUUUUUAUAAUAUGUGUCUUGAGUUCCAUGCUACAUAUGUUUUUAAAAAGCAUGGCCGCUCAGUUGCACCAAAAGUAAAGAUGGCAGCAAUGUCUAUAAUCUUGAGCUCUGUGGUACUGGUGAGGAUUGUGGGAGGCAUGGCAACAGAUUAAGGGCUUAAAGUUAGCAAAAUGUGAUUUGGAGACCUGGCACUUUGCUUGGGGCAGGUCCAGUACUUUGUCCUAUGUUUCACAAUUACAAAAAGACAUUUUCUAACCAGCAAUCUAUUUUCGAACAACCCCUGGUUUGACAAAUGUAUUUAUAGUGUGGUUUAUUUCCAAUACAGACAUAAUAUUACUUGUUUAAUGGAAAAUAUUCACUACCAAGUGUCUGCAGAAUAUAGAGUACCACUCAAACCAGACGAAUGAGCACGUCUGCAGCAAAUAAACCAAACUUGCAAGCAUCCCGCAAACAAACAUCCCAGUGUCAUGUUAGACCUAAUAUCCUUAUCCAAGCCAGCGUUUUGUCUGAUAUAUGUGGUUGACAUGAUCAACAAAUAAGUGUUUUCACCCCGUUCUGUUUCUAAUUGCCUUCCUUUUUUAUUUACUGUGAUAAAGAAGAAAGGUACAGUUACUUUACAGACAAACACACAAGUGGUAUUAUUGUCGCCUUACGUAACUCAAGUGUGGUUUCCUUAAUCAUACAUAAAGCAAGUUCAUGUCCACUUGCCUCUCCUCUGACAGCCACACAAGUUGGAGUGAAAGCAGUAUUGCAGGUUCUGGACCUCCUCCAUCAAUGCCUCCUCCCGUUUCUGUUACGAUCUCCUAGUUGUGUGGGGAUGAAAGGUUCUCAUUAAUUUGGGCAUCAUGUUUAAGGGUUUAUAUAUCAGAUCCACCUCUAAGAAACAGCAUAACUGAACACGGGGCUCUAAUGAUAUAAUAAGAGGUGGCUGAGUUGAGUGUUCUUUCCCAAGCUCCUGAAAUGUGAUUUGCAAAAAUGUUCAAUUUUCUCUUGAAUGAUUUGGAAAAAUCCUCACGAUUAAAUGUGCACAUCUUUUCAGUGGUGAGACUGUU